CGACGUGCUUCCGGAAGUGCGGCGCGCAGGGAGGGCGGGACCAGCUGAGUUCUCGCGGGGCGCCGGCGGCCGUACCCGGAAGUCAUGGAGAUGUCGCUGGAGGACCCUGUUACCACAUGCCUUUCUGCCCCGGUGUACCAUCUGAUCUGUGAACUCGGGCUUGAAGUCCGAGAACAUCCUGCUAUCAGUAGCAUUGUGGCUGGGAACGGGGACGUGUGCUGGAAGACGAUCACCGACUGUGUGGUUGGUGCCGAGUCAGCCCAGGGUCUGGAUUACCAGGGAAGCGUGAGGCUGCUGGGCCCUGUGUGUGAGGCUGUCCACAUGCAUUUCUCAUCUCUGAACAAGGGGCAGUUUGAAGUUCAGUAUGCACCGUGGUUCCAGUGGACAAGUUCUCCAGAGUUGUUUCCAGAAAUAUUUGAUGCCUUGGAGAGUCGUGAGUCCCCUGCGAUUGCUCUCAGCCUCAUGAAGCUGACGGCCUGUCUGGAACGGGCCCUGGGUGAUGUGUUUUUACUGGUUGGGAAAGAAUGCCCGUUUCUUUUAAGAGAUCUGCUUGCCUCUGCGGAGCUUGCUCAAGUCUUCGGGCGGUCUGUGAUGGACAUCCUGACGGUCUUCGUGGGCUCUCCGCGCGGACUCAACCUGCGCAAUGUCCUGUGGCACGGGUUCGCGUCCCCGCAGGAAAUUCCUCCAAAGUACUGUUCGAUGCUGGUGCUGCUGACCGCAGGGCUGGGCCAGCUGCUGGAGGCUCACCUGCAGCAGACAGAGCGCACGGUGGCCCAUCGGCCGCUCCUCACGCUCGCGGACUCAGAGGACUGGACCGUCUUUCCCGCUGCUACUGACGAGGUACUUUGGGCAUUGGAGGAAGCGAUGAAGAAAUCCUCUUUCGUCCUGAGGAUCAUGUUGCCAUAUUGGGAAGUCGCGUUGACCAAGUUCAAGACACACAGGUUCGCCGACUGCGCCAUGCUGCUGUUGACGCAGCUGGAGACGGGGCUGCGGGGCCUGUUCGCCAAGGUUAACGGGUGUCCCAGGAGGCUCCUGAUGGCCGAGGCGGCAGCUCUGUACACCACCUUUGAUGAAAUGUUGGCACAGCACCUGAGUGAUGGCGAGAUCAACCGGCUUCCUCUCGUCCUCGGGGAGCCUGCGAUGGAAUUCCUCUGGGACCUCCUGAACCACCAGGAGGGGCCUCGCGUCAGAGAUCACCUGAGCCACGGGGAGGUCAGCCUCCCUGCAUUUCCCAAAGGACUGGCCGACCAGCUGCUCGCCUUCUCCCUGGUGCUGUUGCUGAGAUUCGCUGAUGAAGACCUCGCGUCAGAGUUUAAGGAAAAAGCAGCAGUGAAGGCGCUGGUCAGGCUGGCGGAAGGCUACAGCGCUCGCUUCCACCCGGUCGCGCUGAUUAAAAAGCAGGUGCUGAGCUGUGAGGAGAGUGUCCGGUCGUGGCCUCUGCUGCCUUUGCCGGAGGACGCUGCGAGGGAAGCGGCCAGAUUAGGUGGCAGUUCUGAAGCCAGUGCCUGCGAGCCUUUGAUUAUAAAGAUCAUGUCUGAGCUGUGCCGCCACGUGCCUGGGCACCACUGUGCUUUCGGGGGCUUAGAUAGCCUCCCUGUUGAGAGGUGGCCCUGGCCGCUCCCGUACAUCUGCAGCCUCCGAGUGCCGACCCUGUUCUGCCCCAGAGCCGUCCUGGAGGUGCUGACUGUGCUCCGCAGCAUCAGCUCACGCUGCGCCCAGGUGUCCCAGCAGGUGGCGGCCUCCCUGGAGCGCAGGGGCCGGCAGUGGGCGGAGAAGACACUGCGCUCCCGGCAAAGGCAGAAUUUCCUGCGCAUGGUGAGCAGUGUGAAGCUGCUGGCCCAGGUGCUGUCCCUGGUUGUGCUGCUGGUGGCGCUGGAACUGGUCAGCGUUCACGGGGUCCACGGAGAAGAGCCCUGUGGCCGCCAGCGGUACCUCAGGUUCUUAAAGUCGGUCCUGCAGUUCACCGAGAACCUGGCGGCCUGCACCAGCCCCGCCAGGAACCAGUGGGGCGAGGCGGCCCGGCUCACGCACACGGCGCUGCUGGGCAUCUGGACUUUCAGUGAGAGGAGACAGAUGCUCAUCCACAGAGCCGGGAGCUCCCCGUGAGG